UUCACCGGCCAGAACUGUGAGGAAAAUAUUGACGACUGUCCAGGAAACAACUGCAAAAACGGAGGUGCCUGCGUGGACGGCGUGAACACUUACAAUUGCCGCUGCCCCCCGGAGUGGACAGGUGUGUGCACGGUCAGUACUGCACCGAGGACGUGGACGAGUGCCAGCUGAUGCCCAACGCGUGCCAGAAUGGUGGCACCUGCCACAACACCCACGGCGGCUACAGCUGCGUGUGCGUCAACGGCUGGACGGGCGAGGACUGCAGCGAGAACAUCGACGACUGCGCCAGCGCUGCCUGCUUCCACGGCGCCACCUGCCACGACCGCGUGGCCUCCUUCUACUGCGAGUGUCCCCAUGGCCGCACGGGUCUGCUUUGUCACCUCAAUGAUGCCUGCAUCAGCAACCCCUGCAACGAGGGCUCCAACUGCGACACCAACCCCGUCAACGGCAAGGCCAUCUGCACCUGCCCCUCAGGGUACACAGGCCCAGCCUGCAGCCAGGACGUGGACGAGUGCUCGCUCGGCGCCAACCCCUGUGAGCACGCAGGCAAGUGUAUCAACACCCUGGGCUCCUUCGAGUGUCAGUGUCUGCCGGGCUACACCGGCCCGCGCUGUGAGAUCGACGUCAACGAGUGUGUCUCGAACCCGUGUCAGAACGACGCCACUUGCCUGGACCAGAUCGGGGAGUUUCAGUGCAUCUGCAUGCCUGGCUACGAGGGCGUGCACUGCGAGGUGAACACGGACGAGUGUGCCAGCAGCCCCUGCCUCCAGAACGGCCACUGCAUAGACAAGAUAAAUGAGUUUCUGUGCGAGUGUCCUACGGGCUUCACUGGGCACCUGUGUCAGUAUGACGUGGACGAGUGUGCAAGCACACCCUGCAAGAAUGGCGCCAAGUGCCUGGAUGGGCCCAACACCUACACUUGCGUGUGCACGGAAGGCUACACGGGGCCCCACUGCGAGGUGGACAUCGACGAGUGUGACCCUGACCCCUGCCACUACGGGUCCUGCAAGGAUGGUGUCGCCACCUUCACCUGCCUGUGCCGGCCGGGCUACACGGGCCACCACUGCGAGACCAACAUCAACGAGUGCCACAGCCAGCCCUGCCGCCACGGGGGCACCUGCCAGGACCGCGACAACGCCUACCUCUGCUUCUGCCUCAGGGGGACCACAGGCCCCAACUGCGAGAUCAACCUGGACGACUGUGCCAGCAGCCCCUGUGACUCGGGCACCUGCCUGGACAAGAUUGACGGCUACGAGUGUGCGUGUGAGCCGGGCUACACGGGGAGCAUGUGCAACAUCGACAUUGAUGAGUGUGCGGACAGCCCCUGCCACAACGGGGGCACCUGUGAGGACGGCGUCAACAGCUUCACGUGCCGCUGCCCCGAGGGCUACCACGACCCCACCUGCCUGUCCGAGGUCAACGAGUGCAACAGCAACCCCUGCAUCCACGGGGCCUGCCGGGACGGCCUCAACGGGUACAAGUGUGACUGUGACCCCGGGUGGAGUGGGGCAAACUGUGACGUCAACAACAACGAGUGUGAGUCGAACCCCUGCGUCAACGGGGGUGCCUGCAAGGACAUGACCGGUGGCUACGUGUGCACCUGCCGAGAGGGCUUCAGCGGCCCCAACUGCCAGACCAACAUCAACGAGUGUGCGUCCAACCCGUGUCUGAACCAGGGCACCUGCAUCGAUGACGUGGCCGGAUACAAGUGCAACUGCCUCCUGCCCUACACAGGAGCCACGUGUGAAGUGGUGCUGGCUCCGUGUGCCCCCGCGCCCUGCAGGAACGGCGGCGAGUGCAGGGAGUCUGAAGACUAUGAGAGCUUUUCCUGCGUCUGCCCCACAGGCUGGCAGGGGCAGACCUGCGAGGUCGACAUCAACGAGUGUGUUAAGAGCCCGUGCCGCGGCGGCGCCUCCUGCCAGAACACCAACGGCGGCUACCGCUGCCACUGCCAGGCCGGCUACACCGGGCGCAACUGCGAGGCGGACAUUGACGACUGCCGGCCCAACCCAUGCCACAACGGGGGCUCCUGCACAGACGGCAUCAACACAGCCUUCUGCGACUGCCUGCCUGGCUUCCGGGGUGCCUUCUGCGAGGAGGAUGUCAACGAGUGCGCCAGCAACCCCUGCCGCAACGGUGCCAACUGCACUGACUGUGUGGACAGCUACACCUGCACCUGCCCUGCUGGCUUCAGCGGGAUCCACUGCGAGAACAACACACCUGACUGCACAGAGAGCUCCUGCUUCAACGGCGGUACCUGCGUGGACGGCAUCAACUCCUUCACCUGCCUGUGUCCACCUGGCUUCACGGGCAGCUACUGCCAGCACGACGUCAACGAGUGUGACUCUCGGCCCUGCCUGCACGGUGGCACCUGCCAGGACAGCUAUGGCACCUACAAGUGCACCUGCCCGCAGGGCUACACGGGCCUCAACUGCCAGAACCUCGUGCGCUGGUGUGACUCCUCGCCCUGCAAGAACGGCGGCAAGUGCUGGCAGACCAACACCCUGUACCGCUGCGAGUGCCACAGCGGCUGGACCGGCCUCUACUGCGACGUGCCCAGCGUCUCCUGCGAGGUGGCUGCAUGGCAGCAAGGCAUCAACGUCACCCACCUGUGCCGGAACGGGGGGCUCUGCAUGAAUGCGGGCAACACACACCACUGCCACUGCCAGGCUGGCUACACGGGCAGCUACUGCGAGGACCAGGUGGACGAGUGCUCGCCCAGCCCCUGCCAGAAUGGGGCCACCUGCACCGACUACCCUGGCGGCUACUCCUGCGAGUGCGUGGCUGGCUACCAUGGGGUGAACUGCUCCGAGGAGAUCAAUGAGUGCCUGUCCCAGCCGUGCCAGAACGGGGGUACCUGCAUCGACCUCACCAACACCUACAAGUGCUCCUGCCCCCGAGGCACACAGGGCGUGCACUGCGAGAUCAACGUGGAUGACUGCAGCCCCCCCAUCGACCCCAUCUCCCGGGGCCCCAAGUGCUUUAACAACGGCACCUGCGUGGACCAGGUGGGCGGCUACAGCUGCACCUGCCCGCCCGGCUUCGUGGGUGAGCGCUGCGAGGGCGAUGUCAACGAGUGUCUGUCCAACCCCUGCGACACCCGCGGCACCCAGAACUGCGUGCAGCGCAUCAACGACUUCCACUGCGAGUGCCGUGCCGGCCACACCGGGCGCCGCUGCGAGUCGGUCAUCAAUGGCUGCAAGGACAGGCCCUGCAGGAACGGGGGCACCUGUGCCGUGGCCUCCAACACUGCCCGUGGGUUCGUCUGCAAGUGCCCCGCGGGCUUCGAAGGUGCCACGUGUGAGAAUGACGCUGGCAGCUGCGGGAACCUGCGAUGCCUGAACGGCGGCACCUGCAUCUCAGGCCCGCGCAGCCCCACCUGCCUGUGCCUGGGCCCCUUCACCGGCCCCGAGUGCCAGUUCCCGGCCAGCAGCCCCUGCAUGGGCGGCAACCCCUGCUACAACCAGGGCAGCUGCGAGCCCACGCCCGAGAGCCCCUUCUAUCGCUGCCUGUGCCCCGCCAAGUUCAAUGGGCUCCUGUGCCACAUCCUGGACUACAGCUUCGGGGGCGGCGUGGGCCUCGACAUCGCCCCGCCGCAGGUCGAGGAGGCCUGCGAGCUCCCCGGGUGCCGCGAGGAGGCCGGCAACAAGGUGUGCAGCCUCCAGUGCAACAACCACGCCUGCGGCUGGGACGGCGGCGACUGCUCACUGAACUUCAACGACCCCUGGCAGAACUGCUCGCAGUCGCUGCAGUGCUGGAAGUACUUCAGCAACGGCCACUGUGACAAGCAGUGCAACNNCGCCGAGUGCGAGUGGGACGGGCUGGACUGCGCGGAGCACGUGCCCGAGCGGCUGGCAGCCGGCACGCUGGUGCUGGUGGUGCUCAUGCCGCCCGAGCAGCUGCGCAACCACUCCCUGCACUUCCUGCGCGAGCUCAGCCGCCUGCUGCACACGAACGUGGUCUUCAAGCGCGACGCCAGCGGGCAGCAGAUGAUCUUCCCCUACUACGGCCGCGAGGAGGAGCUGCACAAGCACCCCAUCAAGCGCUCUGUGGAUGGCGGGGCUGUGCCCGGCACUCUGCUCGGCCACAUGAAGGCCACGCUGCUCCCAGGGGGCGGGGGCGGGCGCCGGCGCAGGGAGCUGGAUCCCAUGGACAUCCGAGGAUCCAUCGUCUACCUGGAGAUCGACAACCGGCAGUGUGUCCAGUCAUCCUCGCAGUGCUUCCAGAGCGCCACGGACGUGGCUGCCUUCCUGGGCGCGCUCGCCUCACUGGGCAGCCUCAACAUCCCCUACAAGAUCGAGGCAGUGCAGAGUGAGACGGUGGAGCCGCCCCCGCCCCCGCCGCUGCACUUCAUGUACGUGGCCGUGGUCGCCUUCGUGCUGCUCUUCUUCGUGGGCUGUGGGGUGCUGCUGUCCCGGAAGCGCCGGCGGCAGCAUGGCCAGCUCUGGUUCCCCGAGGGCUUCAAGGUGUCGGAGGCCAGCAAGAAGAAGCGGCGGGAGCCCCUCGGCGAGGACUCCGUGGGCCUCAAGCCGCUGAAGAACGCCUCGGACGGCGCCCUCACGGAUGACAACCAGAAUGAGUGGGGCGACGAGGACCUGGAGACCAAGAAGUUCCGGUUCGAGGAGCCGGUGGUUCUUCCCGACCUGGACGACCAGACAGACCACCGGCAGUGGACCCAGCAGCACCUGGAUGCAGCCGACCUGCGCGUAUCCGCCAUGGCCCCCACGCCACCCCAGGGCGAGGCUGAUGCCGACUGCAUGGACGUCAACGUCCGCGGGCCAGAUGGCUUCACACCCCUCAUGAUCGCCUCCUGCAGUGGAGGGGGCCUGGAGACAGGCAACAGCGAAGAGGAGGAGGACGCACCGGCGGUCAUCUCCGACUUCAUCUACCAGGGUGCAAGCCUGCACAACCAGACGGACCGCACCGGUGAGACCGCCCUGCACCUGGCUGCCCGCUACUCGCGCUCCGACGCGGCCAAGCGCCUGCUAGAGGCGAGCGCUGAUGCCAACAUCCAGGACAACAUGGGACGCACCCCACUGCACGCAGCUGUGUCUGCUGACGCCCAGGGCGUCUUUCAGAUCCUCAUCCGGAACCGAGCCACCGACCUGGAUGCCCGCAUGCACGAUGGCACGACUCCGCUCAUCCUGGCCGCCCGCCUGGCUGUCGAGGGCAUGCUGGAGGACCUCAUCAACUCCCAUGCCGACGUCAACGCUGUGGACGACCUGGGCAAGUCCGCCCUGCACUGGGCCGCCGCCGUGAACAACGUGGAGGCUGCGGUUGUGCUCCUGAAGAACGGGGCCAACAAAGACAUGCAGAACAACAAGGAGGAGACGCCAUUGUUCCUGGCCGCGCGGGAGGGCAGCUACGAGACCGCCAAGGUGUUGCUAGACCAUUUCGCCAACCGGGACAUCACAGACCACAUGGACCGCCUGCCUCGCGACAUCGCACAGGAGCGCAUGCACCACGACAUCGUGCGGCUGCUGGAUGAGUACAGCCUGGUGCGCAGUCCCCAGCUGCACGGCACCGCCCUGGGUGGCGCGCCCACCCUGUCUCCCACUCUGCUCACCCAACGGCUACCUGGGCAACCUGAAGCCGACAGUGCAGGGCAAGAAGGCCCCAAGCCCAGCACCAAGGGCCUGGCCUGCGGCGGCAAGGAGGCCAAGGACCUCAAGGCGCGGAGGAAGAAGUCCCAGGACGGCAAGGGCUGCCUGCUGGACAGCUCGAGCGUGCUGUCGCCCGUGGACUCCCUGGAGUCGCCCCACGGCUACCUGUCAGACGUGGCUUCCCCACCCCUCCUGCCCUCCCCUUUCCAGCAGUCUCCAUCCAUGCCCCUCAACCACCUGCCUGGCAUGCCUGACACCCACCUGGGCGUCAGCCACCUGAGUGUGGCAGCCAAGCCCGAGAUGGCGGCACUGAGCGGGGGUGGCCGGCUGGCCUUCGAGGCGGGACCCCCACGCCUCUCCCACCUGCCUGUGGCCUCCAGCACCAGCACAGUCCUGGGCAGCGGUGGUGGCGGCGCAGCCGUGAAUUUCACUGUGAGUGGGGCCACAGGCUUGAACGGCCAGUGCGAGUGGCUGUCACGGCUGCAGAAUGGCCUGGUGCCAAACCAGUACAACCCAUUGCGAGGGAGUGUGGCACCCGGCACCCUGAGCACACAGGCCCCCGCCCUCCAGCACGGCAUGAUGGGCCCGCUGCACAGCGGCCUGUCCGCCAGCGCCCUGUCCCAGAUGAUGGGCUACCAGGCCCUGCCCAACACGCGGCUGGCCACCCAGCCCCCCCUGGUGCAGACACAGCAGCAGAACCUACAGAUGCCACAGCAGAGCCUGCAGCCUCAGCAGAGCCUGCCAGCGUCCAGCAUCCAGCAGCCACAGAGCCUGCAGCCGCAGCCACCACAGCCACUCCUCGGCGUGAGCUCGGCUGCUGGCAGCCACUUGGGCCGGAGCUUCCUUGGUGGGGAGCUAAGCCAGGCAGAUGUGCAGCCCCUAGGCCCCAGCAGCCUGGCGGUGCACACCGUCCUGCCACAGGAUGGCCAGGUCCUGCCCACAUCACUGCCGUCCGCGCUGGCCCCGCCCAUGACCACUGCCCAGUUCCUCACGCCGCCCUCCCAGCACAGCUACUCCUCCUCGCCGGUGGACAACACACCCAGCCACCAGCUGCAGGUGCCUGAGCACCCCUUCCUCACCCCGUCCCCAGAGUCCCCUGACCAGUGGUCCAGCUCAUCGCCACAUUCCAACAUCUCCGAUUGGUCCGAGGGCAUCUCCAGCCCGCCCACCAGCAUGCAGUCCCAGGUCACCCACAUUCCGGAGGCGUUCAAGUAAACAGCCGGCCGCCCAGAGGGACCCUGCUUCCUUUCCCAAGCCCUGCUGGGGCAAUUGCGUGCGCUCCAUGGAUGCCGCGGCCGACCAAAGGAGGUUUUUUUCAAGAAACGUGUUUUUAUACAAAAUAAGAGAACAAGGAUUUUUAAUUUUUUUUUUAGUAUUUAUUUAUGUACUUUUAUUUUACACUGAAACACUGCCUUUUUAUUUAUAUGUACUGUUUUGUAUGGCAGCAGGUAGACUCUUAUCUGCUCCAAGAAAAUAAACUAGUUCUCAGUCGUGAUUUUUCCUACUUAGGAUACAGAAUCCUAGGUAUUUGUAAAAUAUAAACAAAGAUUCAUGAUUUAUAAAUGCCAUUUAUUUAUUGAUUUCCUUUUUUUUUAAUCCAAAAAGAAAUGAGGUUGAAGAAGGGAGGUUUGAACCAGUUUUCAAAAAGUUGCUGGGGUGCCUGGCCUGUUGUGAUCUCCCCUGACGUGCCCCCCAACCCCCAAACCCGGACCCUCCCAGUCCCCCCGCUCCUCCCAGCACCACCUGCAUUUUAUGGGAAGAUGCAUCUAGAGACAACGAAGCAAAACUUUGACACCUUUGGCACGUGGGUUAAUUUGCGUCUAAAAUAGGAAUGUAAGAUGAUGUGGUUUAUGCGUUUUGGUGUUCCUUUAAGUGACUUUUAAAAACAUGCUUUUAAAAAUGUGGCCUUGGUGUAUACCAAUGGUACAUUUCAUGGUACCAAUCAUGAAUCUUUGUUUUGGGUUCAGUAUUAUGUAGUUGUUCAUUGAGCUUGUGAGUUCUUGUUCCUUCUGGAGGCUCCUCUGCCCGCCCCCUACCCUGCCCCUGCUGAUUCUGAAGCAUGCUGUAGAGUGAGAAGUUGGAGAUGUGGCCGUGUGGUACCCACCUUUGGACACCGUGGUGGGGAGGCCCACUCUCUUCUGGGGAAAGACACUGCCUGGGCCGCCCCAUUGGAGGCCUCACAACCUGAACUGCAUCUUCCAGGUUCAGCAGAAGAUGGACAGGCACUCCUGGGGCCCAGCCGCUAAUGGGCCCUUUUAUAGGACACUUGGAGAAACAUGGCUGGGUCCAGCCUCCGUGCACAGAGCCCUCGUCCCCCAGCUCGGUGGGGUGCUUGGGGCGCUAGGAGCCUGCUUGUGGGCCACCCCUCCUGGUUUAGGGGGGUGUGUGCUGGAGGAGGAGCAGAUUCUUGAUACAGUAUCAAGUAUAAGCCUGUGGCGGAAUAAACGUCUGUAAAUACAUUUUUAAAGGGGAUUUUGUUUAAGAAAUCUGAAUGAAAGCAAAUCUAUCGGGACAUGCUAAUAAGGAAUGUCGGACGGAACCCAGUGCUCGAGACCUGUGUCUGCUGGACCCGUAGAUCCUAUGAGCAGACCCAGGGAAGGGUCUGCUGCCCCACCCCAUCCCGCUCCGUCGGGCAGCACCACCUCCUCAGGGCACUUUCUCUGGCCUCGCCAGGGGCGUUUGCCAUCCCUAGUGGGCAUGACCAGACACUGCCUAAGAUGUUGCUUCCUAUUGUGUUUUAUAAAAUAGAGUGUAGUUUACAUAAAAAGGAAACUUUUCAAAAACAUUAUCUACAUGCAAGAGGGUAGGUGAUGUAAAUGAUGUAUUUUUUUUCAUCUUUUUUGUUAACUGAUUUGCAAUAAAAAUGGUCAUCCAGGUUUUGCUAAA